AUGGCCACCCCGGAGCCCCCCCUGGGCGGGACCCCCGGCCCGGCCCCUCCCCCGGGCCCGGCCCCUCCCCAGCUCCAUGCUGGGCCCCUCCCCGGCCCCUCCCCCGGCUCCGCCCACUCCGGGCACUCCGGGCACGCGCUGCCGGCGCCGGGCUACGCGCCGGACACCAUCCACCCCCUGCACAAGCCCCUGGACGCGAUGCACGAGAAGGGGAUGGCGGAGGAUCCUCGCUACGGGCAGAUGAAGGGGAUGGGGAUGCGCCCGGGGGGGCACGCGGGGAUGGGACCCCCCCCCAGCCCCAUGGAUCAGCAUUCCCAAGGUUACCCCUCCCCUCUGGGCGGCUCCGAGCACGCCUCCAGCCCCGUGCCCUCCAACGGCCCCUCGGGCAGCUCCGCCGGCGGCUCCGGCGCCGCCCUGGACGGUUCGGGUUCCGACUCGCCCGCCCUGGGCCGGGGCCCUUCGCCCUUCAACGCCGCCCAGCUGCACCAGCUGCGGGCGCAGAUCAUGGCCUACAAGCUGCUGGCGCGGGGGCAGCCCCUCCCCGAGCACCUGCAGGUGGCCGUGCAGGGCAAGCGGCCGCUGCCGGGGAUGCAGCCGCAGAUCCCGGCUCUACCUCCGCCCGCCGGGGCCGCGCAGGGCCCGGGGCAAGCGCCCGGAGCGGGGCCGGCGCCGCCCGGCUACUCCAGACCUCACGGAAUAGGAGGGCCCAACAUGCCCCCUCCUGGACCCUCAGGAGUUCCCCCAGGAAUGCCAGGACAGCCCCCAGGGGGACCCCCCAAACCCUGGCCCGAAGGCCCGCUGUCGGCGGCGGCCCCGGGCGGGGCCCCCCAGAAGCUGCUGCCGCCCCCCCCCGCCGGCCGCCCGUCCCCGGUGCCCCCCGCGGUGCCGCCGGCGUCGCCCGGGCCCCCCCCGCCCUCGCCGGGGCAGCCGGCGCCGCCGGCGCUGCCCAUGCACGCCAAGCAGAACCGCAUCACCCCCAUCCAGAAACCGCGCGGCCUCGACCCCGUGGAGAUCCUGCAGGAGAGGGAGUACAGGCUCCAAGCCCGCAUCGCCCACCGCAUCCAGGAGCUGGAGAACCUGCCCGGCUCCUUGGCCGGAGACCUGAGGACCAAAGCCACCAUCGAGCUCAAGGCCCUGAGGCUGCUCAACUUCCAGCGCCAGCUGCGCCAGGAGGUGGUGGUGUGCAUGCGGCGCGACACGGCGCUGGAGACGGCGCUCAACGCCAAGGCCUACAAGCGCAGCAAGCGGCAGUCGCUGCGCGAGGCCCGCAUCACCGAGAAGCUGGAGAAGCAGCAGAAGAUCGAGCAGGAGAGGAAGCGCCGCCAGAAGCACCAGGAGUACCUCAACAGCAUCCUGCAGCACGCCAAGGACUUCAAGGAGUACCACCGGAGCGUCAGCGGCAAGAUCCAGAAGCUGACCAAGGCCGUGGCCACCUACCACGCCAACACGGAGCGCGAGCAGAAGAAGGAGAACGAGCGCAUCGAGAAGGAGAGGAUGAGGAGGCUCAUGGCCGAGGAUGAGGAAGGCUACCGCAAGCUGAUCGACCAGAAGAAGGACAAGCGCCUGGCCUACCUGCUGCAGCAGACCGACGAGUACGUGGCCAACCUGACCGAGCUGGUGCGGCAGCACAAGGCGGCCCAGGUGGCCAAGGAGAAGAAGAAGAAGAAGAAGAAGAAGAAGGCAGAGAACGCCGAGGGUCAGGCCCCGGCCAUCGGCCCCGACGGGGAGCCCCUGGACGAGACGAGCCAGAUGAGCGACCUCCCGGUGAAGGUGAUCCACGUGGAGAGCGGCAAAAUCCUGACGGGCACCGACGCGCCCAAGGCCGGCCAGCUGGAGGCCUGGCUGGAGAUGAACCCGGGGUACGAGGUGGCUCCGCGCUCCGACAGCGAGGAGAGCGGCUCCGAGGAGGAGGAGGAGGAGGAGGAGGAGGAGCAGCCCCAGCCGGCCCAGCCCGCGCUGCCCGUGGAGGAGAAGAAGAAAAUUCCAGACCCCGACAGCGACGACGUCUCGGAGGUGGACGCCCGACACAUCAUCGAGAACGCCAAGCAGGACGUGGACGACGAGUACGGCGUGUCACAGGCGCUGGCGCGGGGUCUCCAGUCCUACUACGCCGUGGCCCACGCCGUCACCGAGCGCGUGGACAAGCAGUCGGCCCUCAUGGUCAACGGCGUCCUCAAGCAGUACCAGAUCAAGGGCCUGGAGUGGUUGGUGUCCCUCUACAACAACAACCUCAACGGGAUCCUGGCCGACGAGAUGGGCCUGGGCAAGACCAUCCAGACCAUCGCCCUCAUCACCUACCUGAUGGAGCACAAGAGGAUCAACGGCCCCUUCCUCAUCAUCGUCCCGCUCUCGACUUUGUCCAACUGGGCCUACGAGUUCGACAAGUGGGCGCCGUCCGUGGUCAAGGUCUCCUACAAGGGCUCUCCGGCCGCGCGCCGCGCCUUCGUCCCGCAGCUCCGCAGCGGCAAAUUCAACGUUCUCCUCACCACCUACGAGUACAUCAUCAAGGACAAGCACAUCCUGGCCAAGAUCCGCUGGAAGUACAUGAUCGUGGACGAGGGCCACCGCAUGAAGAACCACCACUGCAAGCUGACGCAGGUGCUCAACACCCACUACGUGGCCCCGCGGCGUCUUCUCCUCACCGGGACCCCCCUGCAGAACAAACUGCCCGAGCUCUGGGCGCUCCUCAACUUCCUGCUGCCCACCAUCUUCAAGAGCUGCAGCACCUUCGAGCAGUGGUUCAACGCGCCCUUCGCCAUGACCGGCGAGAAGGUGGACCUCAACGAGGAGGAGACCAUCCUCAUCAUCCGCCGCCUGCACAAGGUGCUCCGGCCCUUCCUGCUGCGGCGCCUCAAGAAGGAGGUGGAGGCUCAGCUCCCCGAGAAGGUGGAGUACGUCAUCAAGUGCGACAUGUCGGCGCUGCAGCGCGUCCUGUACCGGCACAUGCAGGCCAAGGGCGUCCUGCUCACCGACGGCUCCGAGAAGGACAAGAAGGGCAAAGGAGGCACCAAGACCUUGAUGAACACCAUCAUGCAGCUGCGCAAGAUCUGCAACCACCCCUACAUGUUCCAGCACAUCGAGGAAUCCUUCUCAGAGCACUUGGGCUUCACGGGUGGGAUCGUGCAAGGGCUGGAUUUGUACCGAGCUUCUGGGAAAUUCGAGCUCCUGGAUCGGAUCCUGCCCAAACUCAGGGCCACCAACCACAAGGUGCUGCUCUUCUGCCAGAUGACCUCCUUGAUGACCAUCAUGGAGGAUUAUUUCGCUUAUCGUGGCUUCAAAUACCUCAGGCUGGACGGCACCACCAAGGCCGAGGACCGGGGCAUGCUGCUGAAGACGUUCAACGAGCCCGGCUCCGAGUAUUUCAUCUUCCUGCUGAGCACGCGCGCCGGCGGCCUCGGCCUCAACCUGCAGUCGGCCGACACCGUCAUCAUCUUCGACAGCGACUGGAACCCCCACCAGGACCUGCAGGCGCAGGACCGCGCUCACCGCAUCGGGCAGCAGAACGAGGUGCGCGUCCUGCGCCUCUGCACCGUCAACAGCGUGGAGGAGAAGAUCCUGGCGGCCGCCAAGUACAAACUGAACGUGGACCAGAAGGUGAUCCAGGCCGGGAUGUUCGACCAGAAAUCCUCCAGCCACGAGCGCAGGGCCUUCCUGCAGGCCAUCCUCGAGCACGAGGAGCAGGACGAGAGCAGACACUGCAGUGGCAGCUCCCUGUGCCCUGAGGCGGAGGAAACUCCUCUGAAGGAGGAAGAUGAGGUGCCCGACGACGAAACCGUGAACCAGAUGAUCGCCCGGCACGAGGAGGAGUUCGACCUCUUCAUGCGCAUGGACCUGGACCGGCGGCGGGAGGAGGCGCGGAACCCCAAGCGGAAGCCGCGGCUGAUGGAGGAGGACGAGCUGCCGUCGUGGAUCCUCAAGGACGACGCCGAGGUCGAGCGCCUGACGUGCGAGGAGGAGGAGGAGAAGAUGUUCGGCCGCGGCUCCCGGCACCGCAAGGAGGUCGACUACAGCGACUCGCUGACCGAGAAGCAGUGGCUCAAGGCCAUCGAGGAGGGCACCCUGGAGGAGAUCGAGGAGGAGGUCCGCCAGAAGAAGUCCUCUCGCAAGCGCAAGCGGGAGCCCGAGGGACCCCCGGGACCCCCGGCGGGCGCCCGGAGCCGCGACAAGGACGAGGAGAUCCGGAAGCAGAAGAAGCGCGGGCGACCCCCGGCCGAGAAGUUGUCCCCGAACCCGCCGCCCCUGACCCGCAAGAUGCGCAAGAUCGUGGACGCCGUCAUCAAGUACAAGGACAGCAGCAGCGGGCGCCAGCUCAGCGAGGUUUUCAUCCAGCUGCCGUCCCGCAAGGAGCUCCCCGAGUACUACGAGCUCAUCCGCAAGCCCGUGGACUUCAAGAAGAUCAAGGAACGGAUCCGGAACCACAAAUACCGGAGCCUCAACGACCUGGAGAAGGACGUGAUGCUGCUGUGCCAGAACGCCCAGACCUUCAACCUGGAGGGGUCCCUGAUCUACGAGGACUCGAUCGUGCUGCAGUCGGUGUUCACCAGCGUGCGGCAGAAGGUGGAGAAGGAGGAGGAGAGCGACGGCGAGGAGAGCGAGGAGGAGGAGGAGGCCGAGGAGGAAGGCUCCGAGUCCGAGGCGCGCUCGGUGAAGGUGAAGAUCCGCCUGGGCCGCAAGGAGAAGGUUCCGGAACGCGGCAAGGGCGGCCGGCGCCGGGGGGGGCGGGGGGGGCGCCCCAAACCCCUCCUGAGCGACGACGAGAGCGACGACGAGCAGGAGGAGGAUCGCUCCGGCAGCGGCACCGAGGACGACUGAACCCCGAACAUUCCACGGCUCCGGAACUCUGAGAAACCCCCCCAAAAAAAACCCCAAAAAAACCCCAAAA